AUGAAUCUAUUCAUUUUUUCGGUAUGCAUCCUGCUGGAAGUUCUCGCAGUCACCUGUCAGGAGAUGAUGCAAGGCCGGAUAAUCGGCGGCUAUGUCCCUGCAUCUUACUCCAUAAAAUACAUGGUGUCCAUCCAGACCAUCGUGGGACAGCAUUUCUGCGGUGGCACAUUGAUUAACAAAUACUGGGUGCUGACAGCAGCCCACUGUAACGUAGGUGUUGGGAACAUGAGGAUUGUCACUGGAGAUUAUUCUGUAAGUGUGUAUGAAGGGAAUGAACAGUACCGCUCACCAAAGCUCCUAGUACCUCACCCACUGUACAACAAAACCACCAACAACGCAGACAUCAUGCUUAUUAAGAUGCAGACUCCGGUGAUUGUGAAUAAAUUUGUGUCCCCUGCAACGCUUCCCCGUCAAGGGGACUUUAUGCCAGAGGGUCGUGUGUGCCGUGUAUCUGGCUGGGGAUUCACUAGCCCCACAGGGGGUAUCCCUACAUCCCUUCACACUGCCACAGUGCCCAUUGUCUCCAGCACCCACUGCAAUAGCACAGACUCCUACAACGGCAACAUCACAGAAAACAUGAUCUGUGCUGGCUAUGCGGAAGGAGGAACCGAUGCUUGCAGUGGUGACUCCGGCGGGCCGCUGGUAUGUGAAGGUCGUGUCUACGGGAUCGUAUCUUGGGGCAACGGCUGUGCAGAUCCUCAGUAUCCUGGAGUUUACACCGCUGUCUCAAAGUUCCGGACGUGGAUAGACAGCACUGUAUUUGGCUACUAUGGGAACUGUGGCAAGAACUAGACUGCGCAAUAUCAAUACAUCUUCAACCAUUAACUUGGAAGCACAAAGAGAUUAACAUGCCAAAUUCCAUGUUGUUGUAUAUCAAGAGUAUAUCUUCUCCUUUUCUUAUUAUAUUAUGUUAAUAACUAUGUUAAAUAUAACUUAUGAUUUAUCAUUAACUUAUCAUUUGCUCAGAUGCAAUUCUCCAUUUGGAUAAAAAGGCGUUUCCAGCACAGCUGUUGUAUACGGUUAGAGAACUAUGGCGUUAAAUUUUCACAACAUUGACGCAGGUUGAGGUUUUUUUGCGAUUUCUUUGGAAGCUUGGUAUUUUUUCCAAUUGUUAACUUUUUGAGAGAAAAAGGGAAGCAGGUGAGUAUAACUCACAUAAUGAAGGAUAACAGCAACUAAUUUCCAAAAAAAUGCAACUGUAGCAAAAAAGGUAUUGUAUGUCAUGUUCUUAUAAAUAAAAAUAAAAAAGAAAUAAAUAAAUGAAUAAAUAAAUAAAUUUAUUAAUUAAUAAAAUCUAUAUCAUGUCACUGUUGUAUAAGAUGAUUAGUAUAUGUUAUGAUAUGAUAUGUUGUAUAAAUGAUUAGCUUUAAUUGAAAUAGUUUAUUAAUCAUUUAGUUUAAGUUCCUCAGUUUACUUGGCUU